ACCGACAAGUCGGCUUUGACACUUCUUCAACCGAAUAUAUUUCAAUAAAACAUAAGAGUUUAGUGUUGAACGUUUCAGUUGCAUUAUGGUGUGGACGAAACGACGUUCACAAGCGCAUGGAUUGGUACUAAAAGUGAAGUGGUAGGUUUUUUUUUUUUAAGUGUUUCAAAGAACGGACAGAAGAGUCCGCGGUGUAUUUAGAAAAGACGGUUGUGUGGAACUUAUGUUAAAUUAACGAAACUCGGGAGGAACUUUUCUAUUUAUAUUAAAGAAGAUUUGUAUUUCAUACGCAUAAUGAUAACUAUGUUGAAAGAAUACACUCGACUGUAUAUUUUUCUGAUAAUAUGCGGUCUCGGCGCUACACAAGACUACGAGGAGGGUGAUUCCUGCGACUUUGCGGGCUACAACGGAACGUGCUUGGCAAAGAGCAAUUGCCAUACCCUGCCGUUCUUUAGGUCACUUCAAAUAGGCCGCUGUGAUUUCUUGGUGUUUGAAGAAAUGAUUUGUUGUCCAAAUUUACCGAUAGUGCAAACUCCACCUAAAAAUUUGGAUCCGUCACCUGUGGAGAGUAGUACGGAAGGCAUACAAAUAGGUUCACAUACGCGCAAUGUCGUUGACAACAACAAAUUAGACGCAUUAAUACAAGAAAUAUUUGGUAAAAAUGCGCCGGCUGAGAAUGAAACUGAGACCAAUCAUAGAAACAAGGCGUCGGCUACAGAUGCAAAUGAAAAAUAUAUUAAAUUCUAUUAUAAAAUCUGGCCGGGACAUGCACUUGGAUCAACGACGACAACGACUGUUAAGCCAGGUCAAGUUCUAUCUAGGAAUGCAGACUUAAGAUUACAUGAUAUAUUUAGUCUUGGAAACGCUAACAACGCUUGCGAGACGCGGCACUACAAAGGCGUUUGCAAGCCAAGACUACAAUGCACACAUUUGGCCCAAAGUUUGACGGAUAUGCGUUUACAGGAUAAUGAUGUGCCACUUUGCGGACGAGAAGAUAUGAUUUGCUGUCCCAAUACUGUGCGACCCGCUGUUCGUGCAUGCCGUGCCAUUGAACGUGGAUUGCCGCCUUUUCAAGAAGAACAUAUUAUCGGUGGGGACAAAGUGUCCAUCUUGCAUUAUCCUCAUAUGGCCAAAAUUGUGUAUGAGCGAAGCAACUUUGUCUGUGGUGGUACAUUGAUCCAUGAGCGUUUUGUGUUGACAGCAGCGCAUUGUGUUAUCGUAAGAGGUACAAACGCUUCAAAAGUCAUUAUGGGCGUGGCUGAUUUAACUGACACCAAAUCGCGCUCUCGGCAAGAGAUAGAUAUUGAGACGACGUUUGAACAUCCGCGAUAUUCAAGUUUUUCCAAAUAUUUCGAUAUCGCUUUGAUUAAAUUGAAGAAAAAUGUCACAUUUAGUCUAGCGGUGUAUCCAACGUGUUUGCAUACAGAUCCCACAGAGUUACCUGAUGGCGUUGAACUAACUGCAGCUGGUUGGGGACUCACUGAAAAGCAGGUUACAUCAGAGCACUUAAUGGCGGUGCAAUUGAAUAAAGUGCCGCAUGCAGAAUGUAAUCAAAGUUAUGCAUAUCACAUUGAUCGUCAUCUAAAACAUGGCAUUGACGAUACACAACUGUGUGCUCUUGCACCCGGGAAGGAUACCUGUGGAGGUGACUCUGGUGGUCCAUUACUUUUACUUAAAAAUGCAACCUAUAACAGCUACAGAAUUGUUGGUGUCGUUUCCUUUGGUGACCUAAUGUGUGGUCACACCACACCAGGUGUAUACACUAGGGUCUCGGCGUUUUUGGAUUUCAUUGAAGACAUUGUAUGGCCAGAGGCACUACGCAAACAAUAAUCUAUAUUUGAUGUAUUGUUUAUUGUUUAUACUCAUGUUCCAACACUAUUAACAAGCAUUUAUGUUUUUAUUUAGAACUAUAUUAUUUCAAAUAUUUACAUAAUAAAAUAAUAAGUGUCAAAAAUAUUAAUUAGCAAAGACA